AUGGCCACUCCGGCUCGAUUCAAUCUACCCGCACUGUCUCUACGAGCUAUUCAAGCAGUCCUGCUUCACUUUGAUAUCCCAGAUCUAAUUUGUUUAUCAUAUUUAUCUUCAAGUUUCUAUAAUAUUGUGAAAUCAGUGAUGUACAAAAAUGUUUGGACUCACGUGAGCUCGUGUGAAAAAUUCGGUACAAAUUUGAAAUUCCUAAACAGCAGCGGUUCUGAUUAUGGAAUAUGGGAUUUCAAAAUGGAGAAAAGGAAAAUUGGGACGUUGGCUCGACGAGAGAAAAACGCCCAUCUCUACUCCUCAGUCACCUCUGUAGCCAGAUAUGUUGUUGAAUUGACAGGAAUUCCAGUAUCAAAUGUUGAAAUUGAAAUCGACUAUUUUUCGAUUGCGACAAUUCACAGUUUAAAGAAUCUGAAAAUCGGAAGAUGCAAUCAGCUGUUUAUCAAGUCUGGUAUAUUGGAUGAUAAAGGAAUUCCUAACCGAGUACUUGCUUCACUUUUGAAACAUAACCGUGCAACGGAACGUAUAUACAUACACGCAUUCACAAAAAAGAGCUUUGAAUGCCCUAUAAGUUUCUUUCAAAGUCGUCGUUUGGAUGUUAGAUAUCCGGCGCCUUGGUUGACGAAAGAACUUGUGUUCAAACUGAAAUGCAUCUCGAUUAGGUUGAAAGAGAACACCAUUCUAAGCGUGGAGGAUUGUUUCGAUUUCGUUAAGAGAUGGGUGAAAAGUGAUUUGAAAGAGCUCGAAAAGUUCGAAUAUUUGGAUGUGGCUUUCGAAGCAGUAAUCAAGAAAUUAGAUGUUUUGAAGUGUCUCCAGAUGGAAGAGCCAAUUCAAAUACGAGAGUGGGAUGAGAAGAUGCGAGGAUCUUAUUACAGAUUGCCAGACGAGACUCUAAACUGCGAAAAAGGAUACGAUAUUAUUCACAAAAAAUGGAGACUCGUGGCUACAGUCCUCGUUCGCGAUAGAAGAUUCUUCUUUGGAGUUUGGCAUAUUCCUUUUCCUGGUUUUCCUUAA